AAAAAAAGCAACUUCAAAACGUACAUCGUCGUCUGCUGCAGCGCCUCCUGCUCGUCGUCACCGUCGGCCGCCACACAACCAUAGUAGCUGCCACUUACCAGCCGUGAAGAAAGGCACCCCCAAAACGGAACGUGAGGCUACCGCCCGUUUGCCGUCGCACAACCAUAGUAGCUGUGCAGGAUAAACCAAGAGGAGAAAAUUAAAGGAAGAAAAAAAAGCAGCUCCAAAACACAAAUGGCGGAUGCUAUUGUUUCAGAAGUGGUUGGGAGAAUUGCAACUAUAUUAGAAGAUAAGAUUCGGUAUGAAGUCAAUUUGGUGAGAGGCGUGAAGGACGAACUUCUUUAUCUUUCCAAGAAGCUCAAGACGAUCCAAAAGGUGUUGGAUGAUGCAGAAAAGAGAGGAGUGAAAGAUGAAAGUGUCAAAAGUUGGUUGAAGAAGCUCGAAGCUACUGCUUAUGAGAUGGAGGAUAUUUUGGAUGAAUGGAGCUAUUCUCUUCUCAGAGAUAAGAGGGAAGGUUCGGCUGAGCCUGAGCCUAAGCAAAAGAUAGGGUGUUCCUUCAUCAGAUCUUCUUGUUUAUCUUUCAAGAAAGUUUCUGUCCGUCGUGAUAUUGCCAAGAAAAUAGAAAAUGUGAAAGCUAUGCUUGAACAGAUUUACAAGGAGAGAUCUGAAUUUAAUUUUGUCAUCUCUCCGCCUACAACUGAUCCCGUGCCCACACCUUGGCGAGUGCAAUCCACACAUUUUGUUGACAUGACGAAAGUUCAUGGGGAGGAUAUACAUAAGAAAAAAGAAGACAUAGUGAGCAAACUAAUGCUUAAUGAUGGUCAUACCCAAAUCUUGUCUAUUGUUGGAACCGGGGGACUUGGCAAAACAACUCUUGCCAAACUUGUUUAUAAUGAUAAACGAGUGAAGGAUUGUUAUGACUUGAAGAAUAUGGAUUUGUGUUUCUGAUCCUUUUGACGUGUCUGGGAUUGCAAAAGGAAUUGUUAACAAAGUUGGAA